ACCGGGCGCUCGAAUGUAACUUUUUCGUGAUAAUGUCAGGUUAGCUCUUUUUCUUAGGUGAAUCGUAGUCCCACAUACUUCUGAAGAUGUAUGGAUUUGCAUCAACGCAGCGAUGCGCCAUUGCCGUGACCGGGCCCAUUUUUGGUGAUGCGUCGAAGAGGCGGCGCGCUCCAGCCCCCCAUUUUCCUGCUGUCGUGCAGGGGCAGCAGGAGAGUGAUUGCUUCGUACAAGUAGAGGUACGAAGUGGUUGUACCAUUAAUAUGGUGAGCAAAUCAGUUGUUGAUCAUUGUGAUAUUGAAUUUGAUGUUGUUGAUUAUGACAGUGUGGAUUUUUCCGAGUCUGAUGCUGAUGAUAACAUUCCUUCGGUUGGGGGAUUCCCCAUUCCCAGGUCGAGUGUGAUUGGCAGUAGUUCUUUUGUGCUAUCUUACGAAGAUUAUAACCUAUGGUUUGAUGGUUUAGUGAUUGCAGAUGACGCGUUUGUAGGUCUAGGUCUCAGAGGUGAUAUCCUCGUUGGUGCACCGUUCAUGGAGCACAAUGAUGUGAUGGUUAGGCCUUCCAAAGGUUUAAUAACAUUUGGUGACUUUGGACUUGAGUUCAUUUACCACGAUUCCAAUGAACACCAGCCUACAGAUCUCACACAACCACAGCAUACAAACGGUAGCUUUAUACAAUACAAACAAGAGAGAGAGCGGGAUAAUCCAACAGUUUGUCUUGAUGACAAGACGGAGAACGAGAUUGAAUGUGCGAUUGUUGAUACAUCCAAUGCAUGUCUGUUGAGUGAAGCUUUCUCUCAUUGUGAUGUGACAGUGAGUGAACAUGAGUGUGGUGCACCCCUCAGUGUCAGUAACCAUGGUUACCAGGAUUCUGGAUAUGAGAGUGAUGAUAAUAUCUUACAUGAGAAUGAAGGUGACAGGAUGAGUGAUGAUAACAUCUUACAUGAGAAUGAAGGUGACACAAUGAGUGAUGAUAACAUCUUACAUGAGAAUGAAGGUGACACGAUGAGUGAUGAUAACAUCUUACAUGAGAAUGAAGUUGACACGAUGAGUGAUGAUAACAUCUUACAUGAGAAUGAAGUUGACACGAUGAGUGAUGAUAACAUCUUACAUGAGAAUGAAAGUGACACAAUGAGUGAUGAUAACAUCUUACAUGAGAAUGAAGGUGACACGAUGAGUGACGUUAACAUCUUGCAUGAAAAUGAAGGUGACACUAUGAGUGAUAACAUCUUACAUGAGAAUAAAGGUGACACAAUGAGUGAUAACAUCUUACAUGAUAAUGAAGGUGACACGAUGAGUGACGUUAACAUCUUACAUGAAAAUGAAGGUGACACAAUGAGUGAUAACAUCUUACAUGAGUAUGAAGGUGACAUGAUGAGUGAUGAUAACAUCUUACAUGGGAAUGAAGGUGACAUGAUGAGUGAAAGUGACAUGAUAUGUCAUAACAUCUUACAUGGGAUUGUUGGUGAUAUAAGUGACAACCUCUCACAGGAAACCAUGAAUGAAGAUGAAAGUGAGGUUGAUUCAGUACUUAACCGCAAUAAAAUGUCUAAGAAAAUACAUGAGUAUAACAAUGCCAAAAUCUUACAAGGUAUAAGUAAUGACAUCAUGCCUAACACUGAACACGAUCUCUCAGACACAUAUCAUUACAUCAAUUGCAAACCAAAUUGUGUUGCAAGCACCCCCAAUGCCUAUGAACUCCCUCAUACAGUUAUUGAUGUUUACAGCAAUCCUGUUGCUGUUGGUUUCUUGGCUGUGUAUUGUCGGUUUGCUAGCAUGUGUCGAGAGGAACAUGUCAAUGUUCCAAGUCCUCCGGUCUUUCUUACUGAGCAUAGCUCUGGGUCUGUUAGUUCGUCACAUGACGGUGUUGAGCACUCCGAUGUUGUGGCUUUCCCUGAAGGUUACUCGCAAGAGAAUCGUACAACAGAUCGUUGCAUGCCUAAGUGUUCGGUUACUACAUACAAUAUCGAUGAUAAGACCAUAUCCGAUUCGCAUCGCGACAGUCGUACCAAACACGCUUCGGUAUCCAAUUCGUCUUGCAGAAGCGCAUCAUAUCGCAGCUACUAUGCCAAUCGCAGACUAGCAUUCGAGUCGUACUGUCGUAGCCAUGUUGUUGAUCGUAGACGAACAACAGGUCUCUUUGUGGUCAACAGAUCAGCCGUUGAGUCAUAUCAUAGCAGCUCUAGCAGAUGUAACCUAUCUGUCAACCACACUGUAACCGCUUCGAAUACUUACACAGAGUACUACAGCGUUGACCGUUCGUAUAGGACAUUUCUAGAGGUGCAUAGCCGGCAUGCCUCUAUCACUACUAGGUUUGUGUCAAUGUCUAUAGAUCGCGGCCCGCACGCUUCUCGUGUCGUUGAGCCCGUGUGCUCAGUUCCCGACAUUCGUUACUAUGACAACUAUGCCACGCUUGAGCCUACGUAUCCUCCUGAUGCUACUGUUCAUGCCUUAACUACAGACACCAGGCAUGGUAACUAUCGUGAUUCAUAUGGCCCACGUCUGGAAGAUGCGGAUCUUCACCAUACUGGAUGGCCUUCAGUUGAGCCUUUUUCACUGGUCAGUCUGCUUGACCCUAGAGCCUUUCUUCCUCUCCUGGUCCUACCUGCUGUGACGCCUACCUUACCUGGAGUCUUACCCCCUGGAACCAUGGGCCCCGGCCGCCAUCACCGGAAGCCGGAUUACCUUCUUUGUCCAAGAGAACUCUCACUGCCCUUCACCAGAUUACACAAUGGAUACACAAUGGACAUUCAGGAAUCUGCCAUGGUUUUCGUUGGCCUCGCCUCGUUGAAGAGCCCCUCCCCCACAUUCUACUGGACUUUGACCCCACGUGAUUGGUGCCUAUACAGGACAGCCUAAAGGACUGGUACUUUUGUCAUCUGGACUUUGUUUUCCACGAGUUAUAACCUUGAAUCUUUAAACUUUUGUUUCCCCGUUAUUUUGCUUGUACAUGUAUAGCUCGAUGAUUGUCUUAUUUUCGGAUGUCUGUUUGUUCAUCAUUUAUGAUUUGUGACUUUUGAUGAUGGUUGUUUGUUACAUUUAGUGUGGAUUCGCAGUACAGUACCUUGGUUGUGAGAUUGGUGUAUUUGUUAGUUGAUUGGUUACUCAUAGGCAUGCAAGACUGUAUAAUUGCUGAUGUUUUUCAUGAAUGCACUUGUCUGUUGAUUGCAUCUAUACUUUGUAUUUUUAUAACGAUAAUAACAUUGUCCCCUUUUUUUAUUUUCCUUUGACUGCGAAUAUUGAUAUGGUCGCUACAUAAAUUUUUAUGCCUUUAUAAUGCUCUACCUUUGUUUUAUACUUACAUUUAUGACAUGACUUUCAUGAUGUUAUAUGUUGUUGGUUUUGACUGUGCCAGUUGUUUACACUUUGCUCUUAUACAUUGUCUUUUACGUGUUUUACAGCAUAGUACCCUCUGUGCAGAGUGUAGUGAUAAGUUGUUUAAGCACAGUUUGUAUAAUUGUAUUGAUCCUUUUUUUCCAGUCGAUUUACUGCAGUGAGCACAGAUAUUUUCUUACUGGCUGAUUAUGUUUAUUUACUGUCUUCGUGCCAACUUUUUGAAACGUGUAUGUUUGUUUCAUAUGUUUCCUUUUUAUUAUUUCAGGUACAUGACUAUUUGAUCGUAUGGAAAUUGAUUAUUUUGUGUCUUUAGGUCUUGCUGCGGGUUUUUCUUUUAUACAUAUAUAUACAUAUAGGGUGUAUGGAUUUUCUCCUUUUGGGAAGAUAGAGAGAAAAGGUGACUUGUGUAUUUUGAUUGUUUAGUAGCUCAUACAUGUAUUUAUAUUUGUUUGACUUUUAGGCCCUUAUGCACUUUGUUCAACUAAUAAUAUGCUUCUUGAUAUUGUUUGUGCAUCAUUUCUUGGCGUCAGUAAUUGGCAGAUUGGUUUAUGUAAUAAGUUAAGCAUAUUGAAAGUCUGAACUGAAAACAGUUUAAGUUGUAUAAUUUAAAUUUUAGUAAAAGUUUUAGCCAGGUAUAGAGUUUAGGUGUGUUACCAUGUAUUGCCUAUCAAUGUCCAUCUUAAGUUGUUAGUUAAAAGACAUUUAUAUAUACAUGUAUCAAGAGGCUAUUCAAUUAGCAGUUUUUUUUAAUUUUCAUUUUAAAGAUUGGAGUUAGUACAAUUGGAGUUGGUAGUUGCAAAUGGAAAAGUAAGAUUGAAAUGAUUCUUUAGUUUGCUUCAGUUUAAGGAGUAAAUGCAUGUUUUGUCAUUCGGGCGUAGAGCUGUAUAUUAAGUUUUAAUUCAAUAGUUAGCUGUUAAUAGAUUUCGUGUUGUAUAAAUUUCUGGAUUUGCUUGUUGCAAAUGUAUGUACUUUUAAAUAAUCACGGGAAGGAGAAAAAGUGGUCACGCCACUAUAUGUGUUAAUUGUUUGUGAUUCGUAUGGCGUUCCAUACUUUAUGGUUGACUCGGUCACGGUAAUAAACUACCUUCACCCCUAACCUGAGAUCGUCCGGGUUUUCCUUUAUUUAUGUAAUGGCGU